UCCAUCCGAGCCUGUGCCGCAGCCGCAUCGCCACCGCAGCCCCGGCAGAGCCGAGCCCGGCCCAGGCCCCUGCCCCUGCCCGGCCCUCGGCUCGCCACCCCCGGCCCCGCCCCCGUCCGCGGGCCCCCCCCCAGCGGCUCCGGUGCCCCCCGGCGCCCCCAGACUCCGGCCUCCAGCACCGAGGCAGGAGGCAGGGAGCAGCAGCAGAGGCAGGAGGACGAGGAGGAGGAGGAGGAGGAGCCGUCGCAGGAUGAAGGAUCGGACUCAGGAGCUGCGGAGUGCGAAAGACAGUGAUGAUGAAGAGGAGGUGGUCCAUGUGGAUCGGGACCACUUCAUGGAUGAGUUCUUUGAACAGGUGGAAGAGAUCCGGGGCUGCAUUGAGAAGCUGUCAGAGGAUGUGGAGCAAGUGAAAAAACAGCACAGUGCCAUCCUGGCCGCCCCCAACCCAGAUGAGAAGACCAAACAGGAGCUGGAGGACCUCACCGCAGACAUCAAGAAGACUGCCAACAAGGUUCGGUCCAAGUUGAAAGCGAUCGAGCAAAGCAUUGAACAAGAGGAGGGGCUGAACCGUUCCUCCGCGGACCUGCGCAUCCGCAAGACCCAGCACUCCACACUCUCCCGGAAGUUCGUGGAAGUAAUGACCGAAUAUAAUGCGACCCAGUCCAAGUACCGGGACCGCUGCAAGGACCGGAUCCAGCGGCAGCUGGAGAUCACUGGAAGGACCACGACGAACGAAGAACUGGAAGACAUGCUGGAGAGCGGGAAGUUGGCCAUCUUCACCGAUGAUAUCAAAAUGGACUCGCAGAUGACAAAGCAGGCACUGAAUGAGAUCGAGACGAGGCACAACGAGAUCAUCAAACUGGAAACCAGCAUCCGAGAGCUGCAUGACAUGUUUGUGGACAUGGCCAUGCUCGUGGAAAGCCAGGGUGAGAUGAUUGACCGCAUUGAGUACAACGUGGAACAUUCCGUGGACUAUGUGGAGCGAGCUGUGUCUGACACCAAGAAAGCUGUGAAAUAUCAGAGCAAGGCCCGGAGGAAGAAAAUCAUGAUCAUCAUUUGCUGUGUGGUGCUGGGGGUGGUCUUGGCGUCAUCCAUUGGGGGGACGCUGGGCUUGUAGGCCCCCCCAUCUCUCCCAGACCCUUCCCCCACCACAUUGGGAGCAAUACCCCCACCAUCCCCUUCCAUCCCCUGCUCCAGGCUCACCCCCAAGACAGACCCAGGCAGCCCCCCCUUCCCACCCCCCGUCAGACCCUGGAGUCCCUGGACCUCACCCUGCCAUGGACCACCCCUGCCCCCGCACGUAGAUAGCAGCGGGCGUGAUUACACAUGCACACCAACAUGCAUGCCGCCAGCACAUGCUCGAGACGUGUGGACACCCCAGCGUGUGUGUGUACGUGUGUAGAUGUGUGUAGAAGCACCGAAUCACCCUUCUGCCCCGCCCCCCCCCCCCCCCCCCCCCCCCGCCUCAGGUCUGUGUGUCUUCUGAGCUUCCCCCUUUCACUUGGGUUGUUGUGUGUAGACUGUGGCCGGGUAUAACACAGCAGCCCACCAAGCCCCGCUCUGUCUUCUGUGAAUAGAUGUGUGUGUGUGUGUGUGUGUGUGGCCACAGAUCCACAGACACACAAUUCGCGUACAUGGAAUUUUGUGUUUGAGUGUUUGAAUCCAGCACAACAGCACUUCUUCCACGGAUCCCCACCUCCCCCAUGUCUGCUAUAGGUAGGGCCGGUCGUGAGUGUACAGACGCUCACACUCACAUUCCCAGAGGAUCCAGGUGGGCCCAGACACACAUAGGCCAUGGCAGACACCCCAGUGUGAUGUUAAGCAAACCUUCCUGGCUUAGGCACCCCAGGGGCUGGCAUGUGUCCCAGGGAGCGUGUGUGUGCAUGUGUGUGUAUUGUGAGCCUGUGGAGUUUAGCCAAGGUGAGUGGAAGCGUGUAAAUAAGCUAGCUCGGCCUGUGUAUACGUGUGCAUUUCCCCCAGGAGGUAAUGUGAGGAAUACGUGUGUGUGUGUGCGCGCGCGCGUGUGUCUCAAGGACAUGCCUGAAAUUUGAUGGGUCUUCUCCUUGGACAGAGCUCUCCGUAUUGUGCGCUGGACACCCAUUUUGGGUAGGCCCAAAAAUACACAUUUCUGUGCUAUGUGGAAUACAUCUGUGUGAGAGUGUGUGCACGUGCGCCCACGUGUGUGUCUAGAGGCUUUCUACAUGGUGUGUUUCUGCCCGCCUGUGUGUUAUAUGCACACACGUUUGUCUUUAAAGACACGUGCCCGUCCAGGUUUGUUUAUCUGGACGUAUCUGCCCUCUCCCUCUCUCCCCAGAGCUGCUGACCAACAUCUGGUGUGGUCACACACCAUCCCAUCAACAUUGUGCAACUGCAGCUUCCUGCCCUGCCAGGUUUCAGAGCCCCUGUGCACACGUGCCCACACGCCUGUGUUUCUCUGUGUCUCUGCCAGAGGGUAGACCUUUGUUGAGAGCGGGUGCACCUCGGUGUGCUCACGCAUGCCCGGGCUGAGGGGGCCUCGUGCGGGGGGCCCACUGAGGCACAUACAUACACACAGGAACAUGCACGCUCCCACGGGCGUGGUGCCCUUUCAGGCUGCACCCACUUGCAUGUAGAUGCCACCCAAAAGGGCUAUUUGUGGGAAAUGUUACUGACGAGGUGAAUGUCAGGGGCCACCCCAGACAGACCGAAAAUUAGGGCAUUCCUGCCUUCCACACAUUUACCUCCGAACUGGCCAGGGCUUGUCCUCACCACCACAUCUGACACUCUGGACUCUGCCUCAGGGACUGGAACUGUUAUUUCAGGAAUACUGGAAUGGCCGGUUGGCAGCAGCCACUCAGGGUGAGCCGAGUGCCAGGACCCAUCCCCUGCCAAAAUGUUGGCAAUAGCUGUCCGCCGCCCCCCCCCCCCCCCCGCCCGUCCCCUGGGUUGAGAUUGAAGGUGAGGGCACAGGCCCAAGCUUCUGAGGGUGAAGAAAGGGCCCACUCCUCCCUCACUGUGUAGACAGCACAUGCACUAUGCAUGGAGGGUUGGGGGGUAAGGUUGGUGGCGGGGCUGCAGGAGAUGCAUGAGUAAAGGACCCACAUAUACAGGAUUGAACACACAAGAAGUACGCCCUGCCCCAGGGUUGGGUGUGUGUGUGCAGAUUGUCUCCCGGGGUCCCACUUCAUGUGAAGUGGUGUGUGUGUGUGUGUGUGUGUGAGAGAGAGAGAGAGAGAGAGAGAGAGAGAGACAGGGAGACAAAGACACAGGGAGACAAUGCGGAUGUGACCUUCUGGAACACAAUACCCCUCCCACCCUCACCCAGCUCAAGUAGCUUGACCCUACUUGAGCUGUGUGAGCCCUGCCUGUGUGACGCCAAUAUAUGUAACCCCCAAGGUGGGCUCUGUUGAGGAGGGGAGCCUGUCUGUCCCUUCCAAGAAUGUCCUUCUUCAGGACAGGCAGUUUGCCCCAGUGUCUGAUUACAGCCCUCCUGCUCCCAUCUCAGGCUUCUUUGGGGACAUCAGAGCAGGCCCCAGCAUCCCCACCCUUUUUCCUUCCUGCUGCCUAGCCAGGACACCCUUGUGGCCCCGGUGUUUCCGGAAUUCCUACAGCCUUGGGGCCACAAGAACAAGGGUGGAGCCACGGCUGGAAUGAUGCUGUUGCCUCCUUGAGUGGUAUUAGGCCCAUAGCUGUCCAUUCCUGGGUCUCCAUUGGACGAGAGGAUCCCCGAGGGUCUGCUGUGCCCCACCUUCUGCAAGUCCCACAGGUCAUAUGAUGUGUUUGCUUGUUGGCUGCCGUGUCUGUACGUGUCCUGGAAUGUCGUCUGGGGGCUGGUGGCUUUUGCAUGUUCUUGGACGAGUGUGCUGCUCACCCUCCGUGCACCUACAACCUCCAAGCCCAUGUGUGCCCUGUGGGUGGUCCUGGGCCUGGCCAGGGCUCGCUGCUUCCCCGUCCCCUUUCUCCCUAGCCCCGCCUCUCAUGAAGCACACUGCGUGUCCAUCCCAUGUGCCUGUGGGUCGAUGCACGCUCUUGCCACGCCUUGAGCGUGUGUACAUGAUGUGUUCUAUGCAUUCACCCUGUCCCCCCAGCCUGCCCCGCAGAGGACAAGAUGGGUGGCGCCCGGCUCCCUUCUUCCCCCCACCGCCCCCUUCCCGCUGUGCAGCCGUGUGCGUUGGCGUGUGUUUCCGUGUCGCUGGCGUGUCACGUGAUGUAGCCGUGUUUGCUGACAUGAGCCCUUGCCCCUCCUGUUUCUCCGUUGGUUUCUAGAGCUCUUUCCCUUUCCUCCCCAGAGGGGACAGGACUCCUGGGGCCUGGCUGGGGGCCCAGAGCCAGGCCACCCUCUCCUGUUAGCCCUCAGAGUCCCAUUUCUCUCUAUUGGUGACCAAGUUGCAAAUGGAUAAAACACAGGAAAAUUCUGCCCCGCCCCCUGCCCUGCAUGUCCUGUCCCCAGAGGCCCCCCCACCCCCACCCCCACCCCGGGCCGGGUCGGGCCCCGUGGGACGGGAGAAAUAGCAACCAAUCCAACAGCGGGCGUGCUGUGUGCUCACUUCCUUCUGUC